GAGUCAAGAUGGCCUCCCAGCGGUUGACACGGGAGUCUUUCGAUGCAAUCAUGCAGGCCAAGGCAAAACGAUAUCUGGACCGAAGUGAUCCAAUCGAUGAGGCGCUUCAUCAACUUAGAGUUCACUCGCGGCCAGUCACACGUACCCAGUACGACGAGGUGGAGGAAAAAUUUCAAGACGGUGGGAAGUUCAUGCGGAGUGACUGGAGGAAAGACACUAGAAACGAAUAUUCGCUGCCUUCCUAUAGGUCCAGCAGCCAUGUCCCAGAGGAGAAGGAUUACUUUUCCAAAAGCAGCACCAAACUCUCUUCAGGGAAUCAGGACUUCAGCCAGCUAUCUUCAUACGAACAAGACUAUGGAAAUUCCUCUGCCGUGGAAAGAGAUUUUGCUGGCCCAUCUUCCCGAGAUCGGGACUAUGACAACGCUGCCUCACGGGAACGGAAGUAUAGCCACACUGCUAUUCAAGAUCCUUCCAGGCGCCGCGAGACGGACUACGAUUCGUCAGAGCUGUUGGGCGACUUCAGAUCAGCCCGGCUUCUGGAAGAGAAUUACAGGACUGCAUAUAGUCAGAGUUAUGAUCUGGAGCAGAGUCUCGAGACUGCCGGAGAAUUCAGCUCCGCUUUGAAUGCUGGGAGGGGAAGAGGUUUCCAAGGGAAACGUGGGAUGGCCACUGGAGGCCUGGUCAGAAGUAAGGAAGAGUUGGCUGCUCAUCUCAAGAAAUGGGCCACUAAAGCUUUGUCCCCAGCAGAUGAUCUUCUGUUAAAUCCUUUGGGUCUCAGCAAGCUGAGAAUGAUACCUUCCCCUCACCUCCAACAAAGCCAAAGGCCGGCCCUGGCCUCUCCAAAGGGACUGCUACUGCCAGAGGCAACUCUGAAACCUACAGGGUACGCCCGGAUCAAAGAGCCAGACUUGGAACUUCUAGAUUCUUCGGAUAUUUUUGCAAAUUUUGGGGUUGAAAUCAUCAAAUGGGCUGGGUUCAAUGAAAUUAAGAGAGACCCGGAGUAUUCUGAACUUUUCCGUUUGCUCUUCACAUUGGAGACGGAGACCUGCGCCAAAAUGCUGGCGUCAUUUAAGUGCUUGCUGAAAACCGAGCAUCAAGAUUUCUGUAUGAACAGCGUCAAGAUGCUGCAGCACCCGGCUCUGAGAACCCCUAAAGUGGACAGCCAGUUUCUGAAUCUGCUGUUGGAGAAAAGGGUGAUGGUGACAAAGAAUUGUUUCUUUGAGGUCAUUAAGCCUUUCGACCGGUAUAUGAUGCGGCUCCAGGACUACCUGCUCAGGAGUACUACCCCUCUGCUGAUGGCCUGCAAUGCCUAUGAGCUCAGAAUCAAAACUAACAGCUUCAGUAACUCAGGGAAGAUGGCCACCGCUUUUCAGACGACGAUGUCCCUGUGCCGAAAAUCCUUGGCCCUCCUGGGGCAAACCUUCGCUCUGGCCUCUGCUUUCAGGCAGGAAAAAAUCCUGGAGGCCCUCAGCGUCCAGGAUUCGGCCCCUCCUCCUACCUUAUUUCCCAAUUUUGAUACCUCUGCCUUGUUUGGGAAAGAAUAUAUAGAAACCUUGCAAAGUUGGUUGGAGAAAAGUGGCUGCAAGAUGCAGUUAAAGAGACCAGCUGCCAGUCCUCCAGCUCAGGCUCCACAACGUGCUGAUAGGAAAGUUGUUGAGACGAUUGAAAAGCUAGUGAACACGAUGGCCUCUGGCAUGUUAACAGGGAAAGAGAAGGCCGAACUGAAACACAACCCGGAGUAUUGGUUUCUCCUGGAGGAGGAAAGCCUUGAAUACAAAUAUUAUAAGCUGAAGCUGGAUGAGACGGAGAGGCUGAUGUCCACCGCCAAGGAAGAAACCAAAGACAAGAAGACCUCCGAGGAGCCAAUCUCCGAAGCUGUGAGGAUUCUUUUGUACAGGAGGAAAGUAGCAAGGAUCAAGAAGAGGCUCUUUCAGAGGAGAAGGCCAGGGAUCCUGCAAAGGGCUGCGAGGGCCAGAAGAGCCAAGAGAUCCACCACUGGGACCCAGACGCUCUUAUCUGCCGGGUCAGUGCUGAAGCAGCCCGCAACCGGCACACCCAUGUCCAGUCCCAAGAGUGACCAAUCCAACGGUGACCAGGCAGAGACGCUGUCCCUAGAGGAAGCCUCAAGAAACACGGACUCGCUGAGGCUUUCCGACAAUUCCCCGUCUUUGAUGAGCCAGUUCCCUGACGUGGACCCUAAAGUCAUGGUAACCGCUCAGAAGCUGGCUGAAUUUGUUGCUGAAGUUGGGCCGGAAAUCGAGCAGUUCAGCAUUGAUAACAGUGCCGAUAAUCCAGACCUGUUAUUUCUGCAGGAUCCAGAGAGUUCUGCCUUCAAGUUUUAUCGCAUGAAAGUCCGUGAAUUAUGCCCCUCUAUCAGCUUUGGUGACGAGAAGGAAUCUGGUGAUGGUUUCCAUGAAAGGUCUGAACCAAAGGAAAGUGAAUGGGGAAACCUGGAGGAGGACGAGGAAGACGAGGAAGAGGACGAGGAGGAAGAAGCUCCCCAAGCUGAAAUGGAAGCUGAAGAGGGAGAUGAAGAGGAGGAAGAUAGAGGGCCAACCGAGGAGCCAGAAGAAGCCAUGUUGGAAGAGGAGCUUAUGCAAGGGGAGCAUUCAAAGACGGCUGAAGAAGAAGGACAGACCAGCAGCACAGCCGCGAGUGGCCUUUCAGAGCCACUGGCACAGGCACCCGCGCACUUUGGCCGCAAGAGAAUGAGUAGCAAAUCCCUGAAAGUGGGCUUGAUCCCAGCAUCAAAGAGAGUGUGUCUCAUAGAUGAACCAACAGUACAUGAUCCGGUGCGUAUCUCUUAUGACCGACCUCGUGGCUAUCCUGCGUAUAAAAAUAAACAGCAACAGAAAACAAAGGAUUUGGAAUUCUAUAAUAAGAAACUAAAUGAGAAGAACAUUGGCUUCCAAAUACUUCAAAGAAUGGGUUGGCAAGAAGGGCGUGGCCUUGGGUUACAUGGCAAAGGCAUCCAGGAACCCGUCGACGUGGGCUCUACCUCGGCAGGGGAGGGCUUGGGUGUUGCAGGGAAGAACAAAGAGGAUACCUUUGCUACGUUCCGUCAGAGAAUGAUCCAGAUGUACUAUAUGAAAAGAGCCAAUAAAUAGUUUUCCAGGCUCUCUGAUACGAAGAUCAGAAGCAUCCAAGAACCUUUUUCACUCCCGUCACUAGGGUGUAUCUCUCUUCUGUGUCAAUUUUGGUUUGGAAUGUUGCGUUUUUGAAGUCCUCAGUCAGAUAUUUUUUUUCCCCUUUCUUCUUGUGAAACUUAUCAGUAUUGACCAGUAAUGAAUAGCAAAUUGUUAGCCAACGAUUGAUCUUAACAUUUCUUUUCAAACUAUCUUAAUGGCAUGUAAUCUUUUUAUCAAGGUCUACAAUAAAAAAAUAAAUACAGUAGAAAAAAACA